CCGACUUCUGCUAUGGUAUAAUUGCAUGGACGGAUCUGCUUCAUAUUAACUCCAAAAAACAUGGAAAGGGGAUUUCGAAGAGUGUGGUUUUGUACAGAAAGCGCCCUGCAGAAAAAAAAUAUAUGCUGGCAAGGUGUUCGCACAGCGGUGUCUAAGGCAAAUGAAGUGCCACGCGGGAGCAGCACCCUGAGCCCUGUACGGUGAAUAGUGCUGUGGUAGUAGCGCACGGGCAACAUCCUUCACUCAGUACGGUGCGUACUAGUAGCAGUAGCAGCAGGGCGUGGUGUUCCCUCGGCAAGGAUGGCUGAUGAUAAUGAAUCUGGAGAAACAGAAACAGGGCCUCAGCUGCUGCGCAUACUUGAUAGAACCUUGCCUGACUUUUCAAGCACGUCAAUAGUGCAGAUUGAUGUGCACCCUCAUGAGCCAUGGGUUCUAUGCACAGCUACCAGCUUUUGCCUGGUGCAAGUCUGGAACUAUGAAGAUGGGACACAGGUCGCCUCCGGGGAAGUUUGGGAGGCAGUUGGCAAAGCAAAAUUUCUGAUGCAGAGAGACUGGAUUGUGGUGCAGGAUUCCUUUCGCAGACACUUUGCCAUAUAUGAAAUGAAAGCUUCAAAAUGGCAACACAUAAAACGUGUAGAGCAAUCGCCAGAUUAUGUAAAUGCUUAUGGAUCUAUGGUUGUCCACGAGAGCUUACCCUGCGUACUAACCUAUAGCGGCUCAGAUUUAAUUUUACUAGACUCGCGCCAGAAUUGGGAUGAGAUGAAGCUCGGAUAUCAUCACGGUGGGGUGACUGCAGUGGCAUUUCAUCCGAUAGAGUUGGGUAUCGUUGCUAGUGCAGGAUACAACAACACUAUCACGAUCUGGGAUGUGGACGGUAUGUCAAAUGUUCGGACGUUCUACACAGAGCGUGGGUUAAUUGUGAAAAGCAUUGAGUUUUCUGGCCGGCUCUCGAAAAAGUCCCUCAUGAUCACAGCGGACAGCUUGCGGAGUGGAUCUUCCCCAAGUCCAGGCACAGUAAGGGUCUUCGACUUCAAAAGAGGAGUUUGCCUUGCCAAAUUGACAGGGCAUUCAGUGGAUGUGAAGUCAGCCUUUCUGCAUCCACGAUUGCCUUACCUGUUUAGUGCAUCAGAGGAUGGAGAAAUUAGAGUAUGGAGUGAGCUGGACUAUAAGCUGGUAGCGUCUUAUGUCUGUGAAUCCUUAGUUCUGAAAGGCAUGGCACUCUGCAAAAACUCUGGCGUACUCAUGGUCGGUAGUACAAAAAAGUUCUCGUUGAUUGAGGUACUAGAGGGAGGAAGAAAAGCAUGGGUGUCAGAGAAGAGGAUGGAGAGGGAGCCUGAAAACGAAGCAGCCCAUGCCAAGCUGCUGGAGCUGGAGACAAAAAUCAGAAAUGUUGUAAGCGAAAUGGAGCUGAAGAGCGAAAUUAUUCGUGACGUGAGAGCUCAGCAUCAGGAGGAGGGGAGAGCCCAAGCCGAGAGGAUUUGGAAGCUGGAGUUGGCGGUGAACAGUUUGAAGGCAGUGGUGUUGAGCCUGGAGGCGGAGGGAACGAGCAUGAAGGACGGAAGGGCUGGACUUCUCGACAAGCUUGAGAAGUCAAAGAUGGAGCUCGAGACAAAAAUCAGAAAUGCUGUAAGCAAAAUGAAACUGAAGUGGAAGAGCGAAAUUAUUCAUGACGUGAGAGCUCAGCAUCAGGAGGAGGCGAGAGCCCAAGCAGACAGGGUUUGGAAGCUGGAGUCGGCGGUAAAUGGUUUGAAGGAAGUGGUGCAGAAGCUGGAGGUGGAAGCAACGCGCAUGAAGGACGAAACGACUGCAUUUCUAGACAAGCUUGAGAAGUCAAAAAUGGAGUGUGAGAGCGUGAUCGAGGAAUUGACAGCCAAUCAUCAGCCAAAAGAAAAGGCCCAAAAGGAGAGGCAGCAGCACCUGGGGACGGAGGCGGAGAAGUCCGAAACAGAAGCUGAAGAACUAAGGACGGUUCAAGUCCUGGAGACGAAGCUUGAAAUGCCAUUGUUGAUAGAUUGGAGCAGUUGAGUGUGGGAGAGCUGAAAUGCAUAAGAGAUUGGAGAAAUCUGAGAAAAGGGUUGUGAAUCUGCAAAAGCCGUUCCAAGAAUAUUCGUUGGGAGAGCUCCAGGAUGCAACGAACAACUUUGAUGCAGCGGGAAACUGUGUGAUGGUACGCUCGUUUUGGUAAAGAAAUCCGAGACAAUAUUCGAUCAUAUUUUUAGAGAGGGAAACUAUGCGAUGGUACGCUUGUUUUGGUAAAGAAAUCCGGGACCUCGUCAUGUAUGCAGGAGAUGCACGCUGCCAAGUUUAAGACAGAG